AUGUUCAAAGAAACGAUUGUUGCGCUUGUACUGGUUGGUUGUAGCUUGUCUGUUGCACAGAAAGUGAAAACAGCACAGGAAUGUGUACAGCAAAUGCCAUCAUCAUUAAAGAGUAGGCUGUGCGAUCAUCAAUCUCAAAUGUUCGAUGACACUGGUAUGCAAAUGCACCUUGACUGUCUGAUGAGAGCCGUUGGAUUUGCUUACGCUAACGGCCGUGGAGAUUACCACGCACUCUACAAUCCAAUGAAUGCCGUUGAGCGGGAUCGGAAGCACGAUUACAAUCUAGAAGUUUGCAUAGGCAAGACGGUUCGAAAGCCUGCCAACGAUCGAGCGGUUCAAUUCGCCAAGUGUUUGAUGGAUUCGAACUCAGGUCAAACAUUCAAGAAGGUGUUCGAUCAAGAGAUGGAUAGAAAAGUUUGCAAAUCCUAAAAAAAUUCCAGUAAAAAUAAAUUAUCCCAAAAGAUUUAGCGAAACAAUAAAACC